UGGCAAUUGGCAGAGAUGAUGACUGAUAGAGAUGAUGACUUCUCCCUCCGUGUGGGGUUUUCAGUGAUAGCGAGAAGGAAGCUUGUCAAUGGCAGCAGUGGCUCUGCCUGCACCAAUAGAAACGAAGAACGAGAAGAAGAGAGAUUCUCCAUAUCCAAAACAAUAAUAUCCUUCCCUUCCUUGACUCUGUGUAGGCUCUGUUUCUUCUACGUCAUCUCACGCUUCCUACUUCCUUCAUCUGCUGGUCUGGAUUGAAGACAUCAUUCUGAAGAGUUAGUUCCGAUUGUUAAUGGAAUAAGAUUGGAACGAAAUAACCGUUCAAAAAUGGCUGGAAAAGUUCGACGGGUUAGAUGCCCUCGAUGUUGGAACGUUCUAGAAGAGCUGCCUGACGCUUCCCUCUACAGUUGCGGAGGAUGCGGCAAUAUUCUUCAAGGCAAAAACUGGAAAUCUAGGAGCAAUCAGAUUGAAAAAAGCCAGGAGGAUGCUGGUGCUUUUGAAGAGAAGGAAGUUCAGAGCUCCGAGCAUGUUUCCACCGGACCGCAGCCUUCCUUAGAUUCUUCGCCGGAUAAAGAAGAUUCCGGUGGUGGUUCGAUUGAUAUUGCCCGUCCGAUUGAAGGUUCCAUUGUUGAAGGUAAGGAACCUUCGAAACAGGGCAAUCUCAGAGACCUUGUGUCCGAAGAAUGUCACAGUGAUGAUAAUGGUGAGCCGAAUGGAAUCCUUGGCUCGGCUGAGUGUACUCAUGAGGCGGCCAUGGAUGUUCCGGAUUUACAAGAACAUGAAGAUCCAGAAGCCAAUCUGCCUUCGGAUGAUGUGGUUCCACAAGAUCAUGUUGAAAAGGGACAGAUUUCGUUGUUAUUCGACAAGAAACCAGAUUCUGUGGGAAGUGUAAAAUCUGCCGAUCAGGAUUUAUCUUCUGUAUCUAUUUCUGGCGACGAUGCAUCGCAACUAGAAGAGCAGAAUCUUGAAGCAGGCGAAGAUGUAAUGGAGAAGAUUAUGAAUCUAGACGGGGAAGACUCUCCGAUUACAACUGGAUCAAAUUACCUCGGCGUCAACACAGAAAAUGGAUCGACAACUAAGAAUGCGACGGAUGAUAGUUAUUACACAUACACAAGUACUGAAUCUUCUUACAAUGGAAUCCAAGAAAUGUUCCGGGACCGAGACAAGUACGCUGAAACUGCUUUAUACUCAAUCGGCGCAUCAAGUGAUCGUCUCAUUUUACCUCCACCUUGUCUGGGCGAUCGUCCGUCAAGAAAAGCUUCAUACUCGGAGAUGAACAGAGCAGACCUGUUGAGAACAGUUUACGAACUGAAAGAUCAGAUCGACAGGAUGCAGUUUCCCGAGGUUAUAGAAAACAGAAGCUUUUUAGAUCGAUUCGUAGAUAGAAAGUUCAAUCGCUUGAGCUAUAAUCCAUACACAGUCGAGCAGGAAGCAUAUUCAAUAAAACAGUACUCAAGAAUGGCUGCAUCGAGGGAUUCUAAUUGUUCCGGAUGCUCUUGCUCGCAUCACCAUGUUAAUGAUCGAAGUAAAUCGCAUCGAACCUGCAACGACAUAAAAAGAUCUAAAUCUCCAGAGAAACGGCCGGUGAAGACGAAGAGAUACGUUCGACCUGUGGCGGGUGCAGCGCCGUUUAUCGCAUGCUACAAUUGCUCAGAACUUCUGCAUUUUCCCGAUGAUUUUCUGAUCUUUAACAGAAGAAGCCAUCGACUUAUGUGCAAUGCCUGUAAGAAUGUCCUGAAGUUCUCGGUGGUUCGAGGAAGUUUUGCAGUUCCGACAAUGGCGGCUUCAUUGGCCCCUUCGCCGGGAAACUGUAGUCGGAACAUAGAAGAGGGGCGUCGUUUUGGAUCAAUGACUCCGGCGGAAUCGGUUGGAUCGUCAUCAGAUAUCGGCGAGCUGCGAAAAUCGACCAACGGGAUCGAACAGGUGUGGCCUUUGUCGUUGAACCAUCGGCUACAUUCUUUGAUGGGGUAUUCGUCGCCCAGCCAAGUACUCGAUCACUGAGCAUUGGUCGACGGGUUUGUAAAGUCGCCGGAAAAUGCAGCCGCUGUGAAGGCUCGAACACACGACGGCACGCCGUGCAAAGUGGAUAAGGCUAGAGCAGCCGAUCAUAUACAAUACGUGAAAUACAAUGUAUUGUAAUAAUUCCGAGAAUACUUUAAAAAAAAAUUAUUUGAAUGUAAUAAAAUUGAAAGUGUUUUAAAUAGUUAAAAUUUAUUAAAAAUAUAUGAUGUUAAUAUAAUUGUAUAUUUUUUGGAA